AUGGAGUCGUCCAGGACUCGCCAGUAUAUUAGUGCAAAGAAAGUACCCUUGGAUGUUGUUCUUUCGCUGCUAAUGCUUGCUCGUGCUUAUCUGAUUGCCCGUUUUAUGGUUCUCCACAGCAAACAGUUUCAGGAUGCAUCUACGCGAACACUUGCUGCUCUAAAUCGGAUUCAAGUAAAUUUUUCUUUUGUUAUGAAAACAAUCCUGGACCAACAUCCAAUCACAUUCCUCACCACAUUUACAGUGAUCUUUUGGAUUACAAUGGCUUGGACAUUUGCUCAGUGUGAAAGAUACGGUAGAGAUGAACAAACAUCAAUCAUGUAUUCGAAUGCGCUUUGGUUUAUUGGUUAG